GACAGCUCAAUUUUAGUCUGUAUAUUGCGUGCGUAAAUGUUCUCCCGUGUAGGCAGAAAAUGGUUUCAAUUUCAAGUUCGUUCUACACCAUAAGUGCAACUUUGGGAAUGAUUAUCUUUUCUCAUUCAACAGAGGCGUUGAGAGCGUUUCUUUCAGUUGCCGUACACAACAGUGGAUUUCAUCGUGACAUUCACUACGGACUUCGCUUUGGUGGGAUUGGGCGGAUGUCAUGCGAGCUUCUCCUCGUUCAGCAUCUGCCAGCAGCAAUCUACGUCAAUACGGACCAGCUGGUCGAUAUGAAACGCUUCCACAAGAUCAACAGUUACGUGCCUUUGUACGUGGACGUGGAGAAACCAACCAGCAAAUCUGAUCCUUUCACCGUGUACCUGUAUGAAUCGGUGCGAAAAGAGAUCAACAUAACGCUACCGAUCCACUUUCGUUAUCACGAUCCGUCGGGUCGCAAGUUCGAGAGAAUUCAAGUGGAAAGCCCGACGCUGUACGUGCGAUGCAGCAACGUCCAUGCGAGCAAGUAUCCACUGCGAACGGUGGGUAAAGCGACCUUGCCGUGCUCGGAGAGUGCAGAGAUCGAGGAUUACGAUAAACUGCAUCUAGCGGACCUUUGCGAGUGGGAAGAAAUGGAAUUUAAUAAUCUGCCAACGGUAAUAAGUGUCUUAAUACCGGUAGGAAAUAGUGCUUCGUAUAGCUUCGUGCUACCGGCCACGAUCUUAGUCAGCUGGAUAGGCAGCAUGUAUCUGAUCUACGUAAUUCUUAAAGUAGGGCGGAAGGUGAACAAAAAGCUGCUAUAAGACAAGCACAA